GCUAUGAUAACAGUGCUACUGCUUUGGGAUUCCUAGAAGUUGAGGACAGGUAUAUUUUUGGUAUUGUAGCUUGUGGGUGUGGUGUAGGUUAGUUUUUAUUUUAGUUAAGUGAUAAUUGUACCUGUAGGCAAUAAAGUUACAAUGUGGGGAAUGUUCAAAGAAAGGCAUUUAAAAAUUGUGGCAAAGUGUUGUAUACUUUAUCAGGAAGCAGAAUUAUAUUUCAAAGAAGACGAAUUAAAAAAAUUGGCCGACCCUUCUGAUUGUGUGAAUCUCGUAUAUAAUCAUAUAUACAAAUUAACAACCUUUAAAGACAUAAUUGCUGACACGCAGGACAGAAAAUCAAAUAUAACAUCAGAUAUAAUAAGAAUAGAAGGCAAUGAUUACUUUUUACGCGAUAAUUACUUGAAUGCAUUGGAAAAGUAUACCAAAAGUAUUGCUUCUGCUGAAAAUGGCAGCUCCUACUUGGCUUUAGCAUACGCUAACAGAUCUGCAUGCCUUUUUAAAGGAAAGUAUUACAAGGAAUGCUUACAGGAUAUUAACAGAGCCUUAUCGCUAGAUUAUCCCGAAAAGUUAAAACCAAAAUUACUGAAACGAAAAAUGGACGCUGAAUCUCAAAAACAUAUGCAAAAACAAGUGAGAUUUUACAGAAAGCCUCCCGUUAUCAGAUCUAAAAAUCCUUUGAUAUCUUGUGCAGAAGAUUCUAUAGAAAUACAAUACAACAAAAAAUAUGGUAGACAUAUUAUUGCGACUAGAGAUAUAAACAUUGGAGAAGUUUUAUCUGUAGAAAAUUCUUUUUGUCACGUUGUAUGUCCAGAGAGCAAAUAUAUACACUGUCAUGAGUGUUUAGAACUUUGUUUUAAUAUGAUUCCAUGUCAAAACUGCACUGGAGCAUUGUAUUGCAGCGAAGAUUGUAGAAGUAACGCUUUCAAAGGGUAUCAUAAAUAUGAGUGUCAAUUUCCCAAGUUCUUGUGUAUAGAUCCUAGAAUGAUGAUGUUCAUCAAAUUAACAUUAAUUGGUAUGGAUGAUUCUAAAAAAACAAAAGCCGAGUUACCUGAUGAUAUUCACAGAUCUGACUCCUUUAAAGAAAUUAUAAAAUUACAAACGCAUGACAAAGAGUGUGGUUCCAUGACACUAUAUACGACAGCAACUAUUGCAUCAAUAGCUUAUCACGUCCUUAAAGAAAAUCAAGAAUUCGCCUCAAAAUACAAUACAGAUGAAGAUGACCUGAAUUUAAAGAAACUGCUUUUUAAAACUUUCUUGAUUACUACGUUUAUUUCAUUUUUAAUUUCAAAAAUGUUUAAUAUUAACAUUAUUAACUCUAAGGAACUUGGACAUGCUUUAUAUGCUUUUACUAGUUUGUACAACCAUUCGUGUGUGGCCAAUGCUCAAUAUUUCCACCAUGGAUCCUCGAUAGUAACAAGGGCAAUAGCUUCUAUAAAAAAGGGAGAACAAAUUACUAUUUCUUAUGGAUUAACCUUCGACAAUCAGUCAAGAGCUUAUCGACAAAAAAUACUAAAGGAACUUUACCUGUUUGAAUGUGAUUGCAAAGCUUGUACCAAUAACUGGCCCACUGGAGAUAACCUGCCAUUUGGAAAAGAGAUCCCUCUAUCGUUCAUACUGAAUUUGGAACCUUCUCAAGAAUACAACGAAGAAUUGGACCAGUUUAUUUUAAACAAGUGCAAGAGAUUGUAUUAUCAGUUAAAAAAUUAUGAACCUUGUCAAAAUUUAUUGAUAUUGCAAUAUAACAUCGCUCAAGUUUAUAGACAUGAGGCCUGUAGCGAAGUAAAAUUUUAAAUUUAAAUACUAAACUAACUUUUCAAAAUAAUAGACAGUGGGAAAAUUUCAGGAAUGUGUAAUGGAAUGCUGACAUUUCAUAUUAUACCGGGUGUUUAAAUUAAAGUGUUACAGCUAUAUUCUGCCUUUUAUAAAAAAAAAACGUUUCAGACAAAAGUUUUAUAGUUUUGUGGGGAAAAUUUUUUGGAUAAAAUCAUAUUUUAUAGCUAACCAUAAUAUGGCCAACUUUUUUUUCACCUAGAAAAAUUUUCAAGUAGCUGUUACUCAAAAAGUAAAAGACCAAUAAAAAAAAAUAUUUCCCUCAAAAGUUUCUUAUCUUUUUAUGUACUCUAGGAAUAUGUAAAAAUAAAAUGGGGUUCCAAUUUAAAAAAACAAAGUCCACCUUUGAUAUGGCCAUAUUACGGUCAGCUAUAAGAAAAUUAAUUUAGCCAAAAUGUUUCCCCCAAAAAACUUGUCUGAAACUUUUUUUUCUAAAAUGCAUAUUUUCCGCGGUAUUUAAUUUGAACACCCGGUAUAAAAAAAUUAAAAUAUAUUCUCAAAACAAGAUAAGUAUAGGACAAGUAUAGGAGCUCAUUGCAAAAUUUAGGCUGCCGCGAUUUUGUGAGCGCGCGAGUUUCGGUCAAAAUUAGAGAAGGGCUUUUAUAUAUUUAAUUGUUUUGUUAUUUUUAUAAAGAUAGUUUAACUGUUGCUUUCUUUUUUUUUAUUGAUUUUAUUUUUAAUUGUGUUAAAAACGUCCAUGUAAAUCUAAAGCAGUAAAUAAUUUUCAAUAGAAGCAAAUAACUAGAGAGUUACCAGUUUUUUUUGUUGUUUAUUGCAAUUUACGGAAAUUGUUAGACUUUAAACUUAAUUACACAAUAUUUUUUGAGAACACAAAACAACUUUUUAAGUAAUAAUACUCGAUUAUGGAUUCACAAAUGAUCAAGAAUUUUUUUUUAAUCAAAACCUUUUCUCGUGUUUAUAAAACUUUUUGGAACACACGGUGUAAUGGAUUGCAACGUGCUCUUUGAGCACGUCGUUUGCAAGAAAGUACAUUCAGGUAUUGUGUUGUUAACGACGGAGCAUGUUACAAUUUAUUAUACAGCGUGUCCCAAAUUUUUAGAUUAACAACAAAGUGCAUUCAAAUAUUGUUGUUAACAACGUGCUUAAAGAGCACGUCGCAAUCUAUUAUACAGUGCGUCUCAAAUUAUAGGACUGGGACGUGCUCUUUGGGCACGUCGUUAAUACACAUAUCUGAAUACACUUUAUGUUUGAUUAUGUAUUCCCAAGUGAUGCACAACAUUUUAUUAAGAAUUUAUAUUUUUUUUUAAACAAAACUUUUUCUUAUGUGUAUAAUCAAAGAGCACGUCGCAAUCUAUUAUACAGUGUGUCCUAAUUUUUUAGAUUGUGACGUGCUCGAAGAGUAAAUACCAAUAUCUGAAUACACUUUAUGUUUGAUUAUGUAUUCCCAAGUAAUUCAAAAUAUUUUAUCAAGAAUAUAUAUUUUUUUUAACAAAACUUUUUCUUAUGUCUAUAAAACUUUUUGGAAUACACUAAUCGAUUGCAACGUGCUCUUUGAGCACGUCGCUAACAAGCAAGUACAUACAGGUAUUGUUUUUUAGAUUUUUAGAUUGUGACGUGCUCAAAGAGUACAUCUUUAUUAACAAUAUCUGAAUACACUUCAUAUUUGAAUGUAUUCCCAAGUAAUACAAAACAUUUUAUCAAGAAUAUAUAUUUAUUUUUAAACAAAACUUUUUAUGUGUGUAAAACUUUUUGGAACACACGGUGUAAUAAAUUGCAACGUGCCCUUUGAACACAUUGGUAACAAGCAAGUACAUUCAGGUAUUGUCGUCAACGUCGUGCUCAAAGAGCACGUCGCAAUCUAUUAUACAGUGUGUCCCAAAUUAUUAGAUUGUGACGUGCUCGAAGAAUACAUCUUUAAUACCAAUAAUAUCUGAAUACACUUUAUGUUUUAUUAUGUAUUCCCAAGUGAUGCAAAACAUUUUAUCAAGAAUACAUAUUUUUUUUAACAAAACUUUUUUUUAUCUAUAUAAAACUUAUAAAACUUUUAGAAUACACUAAUGGAUUGCAACGUGCUCUUUGAGCACGUCGCUAACAAGCAAGUACAUUCAGGUAUUGUUUUUUAGAUUGUGAGGUGCUCGAAGCAGAGUACAUCUUAAAUACCAAUAUCUGAAUACACUUCAUGUUUGAUUAUGUAUUCCUAAGUGAUGCAAAAUAUUUUAUUUCUUAUGUACAUAAAACUUUUUGGAACACAAAAUGUAUUCAGAUAUUGGUGUAAACUUUGGCGUGACGCGUGACACCAAGUGAAAAAGCGUGACAAUCACGCCUAAAAAGGGGCGUCUGACAAUCUUAUACUUUAUAGUGUUAAGUAACAAUUAUGUAUUUUAAACAUUUUUUUGCACAAUUUUUUAUAAUGCAAAAAAUUCUUCUUUGGAUAUAUGGCAACUCUGUUAGACCUUCCUGAAAUCAUUAGUUUAUUGCAGGGAAACAAUAAACAAACAAAAAAUAAAUUAAAUUAUUUUUAAAAUAUUUGCGAGGUCAGUAUCUGUGUCUCACAGCGUAAUGCGUUGUUUUUAAUUAAAAUUAAAAUUUUUGUUUUUUGAACCAAUA